UGUGUUCAUCUCCAGCCAGCUGACCCAUUUAGAGGAGAAUGCUUCUGAAUUGCACAAACACGAUAAGCACACACAUACCUCUGUGAUGACCGUCAGCAGCACACCUGUGGGCUCGUCAGCUCAGGCCCAGAAGAAGCAGGUGAAACGUCGCCACCGCCGCAAGCGGAACAAGCAGCAACACCGACUCUGUGGAGACCAAUGGCAAACAGGAGCAGAGCGACCGCAGCCUCAGCUCGGACCGCAGCGAGCAAGGGGAGAAGAGGGAGCGGUCUGCCAGGAACCGGAGAGAGCUCCCACCUCGCCUCCGCUGCUCGGGGGCCCCGCAGUCAGACUCCACUUCUGGGGAGGAGGCGAGCCGUGAGGACCGCAGCUGGAGCAAAGAGAAAGCCCGAAGAGUGCGCCGCCGCAGCGGGAGCAGCCGGGAGAGGGAUGGAGCAAACGAGGGUAAAGGCAGGGGAAGGUAAAGCAGAGAUGAUGGAGCUGCAGUCAAUGGGCUCAGAUGAAGGGAAGGAAGAGCAGCCGCUGGUGGAGGAGGAGAGCGGAGGCCUUAAGAAGCGCCACGGCAGCAGCCGGGCCUCGAGGAAGAGAGGCGGCCACGCUUCACAGAGGGAAGGCUCACACAGCAGAGAUAAGGAGAAGAGCUACAAGUCAGGCAGCUCCUCAUUGUCCGAGGACGACGAGGAGCUCAUCACCAAGAGAUACCAGGAGAAGGGGUCAGGGGGUGGGGACAUGUCAGCGCCUACACAGAACAACUGCGGUACGAAUGGAGGCACACUACGACAAUACUCUGAUGACUCUGAGCCGGAGGUCUGCAGGAUCUGCCAUUGUGAGGGGGAGGACGAGUGCCCGUUGAUAAUGCCUUGUCGCUGCACGGGGAGUCUGAGUUCCGUCCACCAGACCUGUCUCAACCAGUGGAUCAAAUCCUCAGACACUCGCUGCUGUGAACUCUGCAAGUUUGACUUCGUUAUGGAGACAUCACUCAAACCUUUACGCAUGUGGGAGAGGCUACAAAUGACAAAGGGCGAGAGGAGAAAGAUCUUCUUUUCGGUGUUGUUUCACCUGAUAGCAAUAUUGUGUAUGUUGUGGUCGGUCUACGUUCUGGUAAAGAGAACCAUGGCAGAAAUCAGACUUGGGAAGAACGACGAAUUAUGGAGAGUUUCUCUUCUGAAGUACUAUACGCCAAAUGGUAUACUCGAGUGGCCCUUCUGGACGAAGCUGAUUGUGGUGGCUAUAGGCUUCACAGGUGGCCUCAUCUUCAUGUACAUCCAGUGUAAAGUCUACCUGCAGCUGUGGCGCCGCCUCAAGGCCUUCAACCGCAUCAUCACUGUGCAGAACUGCCCAGAGAAAGACCUGCGCCACCCCCGAUCCAGCACCCUGACCAACGGCAGGCAAGGAAAUGUGGAGGUUCCCAUCAGUCCGGCUCCAGAGGCACAGAUGGACUCAGACAUAUCUGUGGAGGAUGCGGUGGCGCCGGCACAAAACCCUGUCUGACCGAUUGUCCACCCGCUCACAAAGAGUCCUGAAUCACACAGUGUUCAUCCAACACAGGCUGGUGUGAGCAGCGUGUGAUUUCUAGACUUUGCUUUAGUGUUGUUCAUCUCUGCUCCGUGAUUACUGAUCUGGAGACGCAAGAGACGGAUUUGAAGUCCUUCACGGAUCAAGGAAAACUGAAAGGCUGCAGUGACUUGGAUGUGCAAAGUAACAAAGAAUGUGGCAGGAAAGAAAAAGAGGAGGUGAGGAGAUGUAAAGGAAAAUAAAGCCAUCAGCAGGAGAAGUUGUAAGGACUGUAGUUAUGUAAUAUAUUGAGUUGUAUUCCUGUAUGCACUGACAUGAGUUAAAGGACAC